UUUUCAUCAAGAGAUUUGAUACUUUCAUUGAAAAAAUUUAUGUAUUUAUGAUCAGAGUUCAGACUAUGAGCAUAGUCACCUUUACCAUGUACAGUAUCUCUGUAGAAUAGAAGUCUUUUCUCUUCAUUUGUUACAGUGAAACUAAGUGGAAAGUCAUAUAUAGGCAAAUGAAGCAGAAGAGUGCAUAGACAAAAACAUCAGCCAUGAAAACAGCAUACCUUUUCCUUACAUAUCUCUCUCUCCUAACACUGUGUCUGAGUCCUUCAAGAGCAGCCACAGCUGAAGCAGAGGCUUUGAUGAGAUGGAAAUCCAGCCUAUCAUCAUCUGCUUCUCUCGAGUCAUGGUCCCUCAACAACAUCACCAACCACUGCAGAUGGAUCGGUAUUCGCUGCAACAACGGGGGAUCUGUUUCGGGGAUUGAUCUCCCCGGAUUAGACCUUGCAGGGACAUUGGACCUGUUCAAUUUCACUGCAUUGCUGAAUCUCUCCACUUUCAACCUCAAUGGGAAUGCUCUCAACGGCUCCAUACCAGCUGCUAUUGGCAGCCUCUCAAGGCUCACUCUCUUGGACCUCUCCAGCAAUCUGUUUGACGGCGCCAUUCCACCAGAGAUCGGCCGCUUGACAGAGCUUCGAUACCUGAGCUUCUCCAACAACUAUAUGGUUGGAGAAAUCCCAUUUCAGAUUGGCAAUCUGAGGAAGGUUAGCUACUUGGAUUUGGGCUCCAAUUACUUUAAAAAUUCUGAUUGGUCUAGAAUUCUCACUUUCCCUUACCUAACUCACCUUAAUCUUUACUACAAUGAACUCACCUUGGAAUUUCCACACUUCAUAACCACCUGUCUCAACCUUACUUUCCUUGAUUUGUCUCUAAACAACUUCACAGGCCAAAUUCCUGAAUCAUUAUUCACCAAUUUGGUCAAACUUGAAUAUCUUAACCUCAGCACUAAUUCUUUCCAAGGUCCUCUCUCACCAAAUAUCACUAACCUCUCCAUGUUGAAGGGUCUUCGCCUCGCCAACAACUUCUUCUAUGGCAACAUUCUUGAUUCAGUAAGCCUCAUUCCAAGCCUGCAGACUCUGGAGCUGUUCAAUAAUUCGUUUAUAGGAGAAAUCCCUCCUUCUAUAUGCCUAGUCACAAAUCUCCAAACUCUAGAUCUUCGAAUGAACAGCUUCAACUCCUCAAUUCCCCGGGAGCUCGGCCUGUGUAACAAGCUGACCUACUUAGCUUUAGCCCAGAAUUCAUUCUCGGGGCCUUUGCCACCAACCUUAUCAAAUCUGAACAAUUUAACUGAGAUUGGACUGUCUGAUAAUAGCCUGACUGGUGAAAUAUUGCGCCGUUUCAUCAAAAGUUGGACCAAACUAAUCUCACUGCAAAUUCAAGGCAAUGAAUUCAGUGGGGAACUUCCAUCAGAGAUAGGCCUGCUCACAAACCUCAAGUAUCUGUUUCUCUAUAACAACUCUUUUUCAGGCUCAAUCCCACCAGAGAUAGGAAACCUACAAAAUUUGUUGGGGCUGGACCUUUCAACCAAUAACUUUUCAGGUGAAAUACCUCCAACAAUUGGAAAACUCACAAAUCUCCAAAUCAUAAACCUUUUCGCAAACAAUCUGGAUGGAACCAUUCCCCCCAUUGGAGAUCUAAUGUUCCUAGAAACUCUUGAUAUCAGCUCCAACCGAUUGAGCGGGGAGUUGUCUCCAUCCAUAUCGAGCCUAGGCAAUCUCACGACUCUAAAGUUGUUCGGAAACAACCUCUCAGGCCGCCUCCCGCGUGACCUGGGUAAAAACAGUCCCCUUUUGUCCAAUGUUAGCCUUUCAUUCAACAGCUUCUCUGGGGAGCUGCCCUCAGAGUUAUGCAGUGGCUUUAACAUUGUAGAGUUAACAGCCACCGGAAACAGGUUUUCGGGGCCACUUCCAGAGUGCUUGAAGAACUGCUCAGGCUUAAGUAGAGUGCGGCUGGAAGGCAACCAAUUAUCUGGAGACAUUUCAGAGGCUUUUGGAAUCCAUUCACAGUUAGAUUUCCUCUCUCUCAGCAGAAACCAAUUUACUGGCCAACUUACACCAAAGUGGGGACUGUAUCCGCAGCUCACAAACAUUCAGUUAGACCACAACAGAAUAUCCGGAGUGAUCCCGGCUGAGAUGGGGAACCUUACUCAGCUGCGCGUUCUUGCCUUGGAUUCAAACCAAAUCACAGGUGAAAUCCCUGCCGAACUGGGAAUGCUUGGGGAGCUGAUAGCUUUGAAUCUGAGCAACAACGCCUUGAGUGGAGAAAUCCCACAAACUGUUGGCCAAUUGACAAGGCUCCUGCGUCUUGAUUUAUCAGGAAAUAAACUCACAGGAGGCAUCCCAGCGGCGCUUGGGAAGUGCGAAAGAUUGCUGAGCUUGAGCUUGAGAAAUAACUUCAUUUCAGGGAGCAUCCCAUUCCAACUUGGAGGGUUGACGAGCUUACAAGUACUGCUGGAUAUCAGUAAUAAUGCAGUUUCAGGGACGAUACCUUCUUCCUUGGGAAAGCUUACCUCUUUGGAAAUUCUCAACGUGUCUCACAACAAUCUUUCAGGGAGAAUUCCAGCAGAAUUGUCUGGAAUGGUCAGUCUGAUAACGUUUGAUUUCUCCUACAACAAUUUGUCUGGUCCAAUUCCCACUGGUGGUGCUUUUAGGGAAGCACCUGCAGGAGCAUUCGGAGGAAACACUGGUUUGUGUGGAGCUGCACAAGGCUUAACAUCUUGUGAUGAAACCUCACCAACUCGAAAUAGGACAAAGAUUCUUGCUGCUAUCAUUGGUUCAGUUGUUAGCGUAGUCGUUUUGGCAACUACCAUUGCUGUAUGUCUCAUCCUUCGGAGGAAGGCCAAGAAAGAUGACCAAGAAAGCAAGGGCAGUGCCACAUACGAAUAUUCUGAGUCACUCAUUUGGGAGAGAGAUGGGAAACUGACAUUUGGAGAACUUGUGAGGGCAACUGAAGAUUUUGACGAAAAAUACUGCAUUGGAAGAGGAGGAUUUGGAAGCGUCUACAGAGCUGAAUUGGAUGCUGGACAGGUUGUAGCAGUCAAAAGGCUCAACAUAUCAGAUCCAAGUGAUACCCCACCGAUAAAUCGCAAUGCUUUUGAGAAUGAAAUUCGAACACUGACAGAAGUGCGACACAGGAACAUAAUCAAGCUCUAUGGGUAUUGCUCCAAGGAAGGUUCGAUGUACUUGGUUUAUGAGUAUGUCGAGAGAGGUAGCUUGAGGAAUGUUCUGUGUAAUGAUGAGAAAAUCACGGAACUAAGCUGGGCAACGAGGGUGAAGAUUGUUCAAGGAGUGGCACAUGCACUUGCUUACUUGCAUUAUGAUUGCUCCCCUCCCAUUGUACACCGUGAUGUAACAAGCAGCAACAUUUUACUGGAGUUCGACUUGGAGGCAAAACUCUCGGAUUUUGGUACAGCAAAAUUACUGGCCUCGGACUCAUCAAAUUGGACGACAGCAGCUGGCUCUUAUGGUUACAUGGCACCAGAACUAGCACUUACCAUGAAGGUCACGGAGAAAUCAGAUGUAUACAGCUUCGGAGUGGUGGCGUUGGAGGUUAUGAUGGGAAGACAUCCAGGGGAGCUCAUAUCUUCACUAUCAGAAAAAGCAGCAUUGGAUGGUAAUCCAGAACUAUUUCUGAAGGACUUGAUUGAUCAGCGGCUUUCACCUCCAGCUGGAAUAAUGGCAGAGGAAGUGGUUUUUGUAGUAACUACUGCAUUGUCAUGCAUAAGGACCGCCCCAGAGUUGAGGCCAAACAUGCGUUUUGUUGCACAGGAUCUGUCAGCUCAUACACAGGCAUACUUACUAGAGCCUCUAGGAACAAUAAAAGUCAGCAAACUGUCAAGUUACUCAAAAUAGUGGAAAUUAUGUAAUCAAGAACUGUACAUGAAUAAGUUUUUUAAGUGCCACCCAGAUAUCCAGAAGUGUUAAUAGAUUUAUCUUCUGAGUAAA